AUGUGGGCUUUCUUCGCCAUUCUUCUUCUCCAUGUUCUUAGCCAUGGUGUUCACUCAGAGGAUGCAAGACCCCAAAGCCCAAUAAUGCUAGCAAAGUCUGGAGGAUUCGAAAUUGGUGGAAAGACUGUGAGCAGUCCCGCCUCCCCUAAUAGAACACUGUCCUGCGAUCAUGGAUACAUGGAGUAUUUCAUUCCUUGGCGACCACGAAAGACCAGCCUGGUCAUGUGGCACAGCUCCAGCUCUCAAGUAUGGCAGAACCGAUGGGAUGGUGGCGAAGGCUACAAAGACAUGUUUCUUCGUCGAAACUACCCCGUGUACUUAUGGGAUGGUCCUCGAGUGGGACGCGCAAACUGGCCCUGCGUGCCUAUGAACUACACCCCUUACUACGGAGACCGUCUCAAUUUCAUUUCCUGGAACUUUGGCCCCUCCUACAUGAACUGGUGGCCCGACGUACAGUUCCCGACCCAAGAUAAUUACGCCUGGCAGCAAGCAACUAGCGCUCGCUACGUCGAAAUCGACACCACCGAAAACGUAGAGCUGCACUCGGACGCUGCCUCCAUCGCAGCCGACUCAGGCAAGAUUGGCGACAACAUCGUUUAUCUCACCAACUCAGCCGGUGGUCUCCGCGCCCAGAUGACGGCUGUGAAAGCCAACAACACCAACAUCAAAGGUAUCGUCGCCUACGAAAGCAUCGGUUACGUUUUCCCCGACAACGUCAACAUCACAGCCAGGCGCGGUGGCUUCGGCCCUUAUGUCGUCCCGCUCGAGCAAUUUAAGAAACUAGCAAAGCUAUCCGCGAUCCAAUUUGUGUGGGGCGAUCACCGUGAUGAGUCGUGGGACUAUGUUCGGCAGUCGAGGCUUGCGGCUAAGCUGAUCAAUCAGUAUGGAGGCAAUGCGACAGUUUUGAAGUUGAGGGAUGAUGCAGGGCUGAAGGGGAAUACGCAUAUCCCGUUUGCAGAUUUAGGUAAUGCCAAAGUGGGGGCAUUGUUGGAUACUUUUCUAGAGGAGAAUGGUUUGGAUGAGUAUGCAUAUGACAGCAAGUAA